AUGUGUUUGGUUCUGCUGGAAUCGUUCAGUCAUCCUGAUGUAGUGGUCGUACACACUGAUAGAAGCGCAUGUGGUGAUGUUGAAAAGCAAAGUUUCCGACGAUGCUCCUAUCGACAAAGCGGAUCAGCCAUUCAUCGCGCGUUAAUAUGCAAACGCCUGAGUAGCUCAGCCGGAGAAGUACAAAUUUCUCCCAGUGGCAGUCGUGAUAAUGACGAAAAGUAUUCGCUUACUGUUUUUCGUAGUGGUGAAUCGUUAGAAAGUUCACAUUCUCUCACUUAUCUUGAAUGGGUACAUGAAAGACAAACAAGACGUAUGCGAACACGAUCUGAGUGGUUUCUUUUGCCUGCACCCCCAACAGCAGAUAGUGAAAUAUCAGGAUUAAGUUCUACGAAUAUGCUUCGACCACACUCGCAAUAUAUUGGCUCAGCAAUGAAUGCAUCGGAAGGACAUCCAAGUGAUCUGGAAAGUACUGAUGAAUAUAUUGUUAAUAUUACUCGAAAACUGCCAUUACUGAAGUCAUGUGAACCCGAUAUUAGUGUGUCUUCAGCAUGUACUUCUAGACAAUUUGCUUCUCUAUCACAGCCAGUAAAACCCUUAGCAUCAUCUAUGGCUGGUGGUGUUGUUCGUCGACGUUCUUUGCGCACUCAUUAUGUGCGUCCUAGUCGGCCAACUCAAGCUCGUGACAAGGAACAAGUAAGAAAUUAUGAAAGAUUUUCAUGCAUCUCAAUUCUUGUUCAUGAAAGACCAGUAAUUAUUUUUUUGAUUAAAAGCGGCAUUCACGUCGAUUCUUCUAGUAGAUCAGUAUCAUUGUAUCGCAUAAAUAUGCCUCAUGCUUGUAGUCGAAGUCUUCCAACUUCCAGACAGUUAGAAAUGUUGCCGUCAUCAUCCAUGAAACUACUGCAGCAACAUCCGCAGAGAUCAGUGACUCUGUCAUUAGAACAUCAGAAACAAUAUCAUUCAAGUGUCGCUAGCGGUAAUAGUAGUAGUAUUGCCUUUCAUGGAGAUUUGUCAAAAGUUGCUUCUCAUCCUAAAAACGUUCACUUUUAA